CUCUGGCUGGAAGUUUUCACAACAUUUGUUCUUCCGUGCAUUUGUCAAAGAGAGGUAAACCAGAUUCGUCCCCCACAAUCCCUUAUCGGAGGAAAUGUCUACGUUCAGUGGCGAUGAAACAACACUUCGACUUCCUUGGCGUCGCUUCGCUCUAAUCUUCCUCGGUGAUGAAACAACACCUUUUUUUGGCUUCCUCGGCACCGCUUUGGCUCUCGUCUUUUCAUGUUAUCCGGAUCUCGCCAUCUCUUCAGAUUUCAGAUCCGCGAUCAGAUUGAAAGAUGUGGAUCUUUCUUCUAAGCACAAAAUUGGACUCUCAUUCGAUUUGGUAAUGGUGAUUCAGGUCUGGGAGAAGCCUACGGGAUGGCGAAGAGAGCGUGGGAGUGACGUCGAUGGGAGUGAUGAGGCCGGAGCUGGUUAUGAAGUCGAUAGUUCCAGUUAUAAUGGCUGGAGUGCUCGGUAUCUACGACAUGGUUUUGCUGUCAUCAUUAGUACCAGGAUCAAUCCUAAGGCCAAAUUGUACUACCUAUUCGACGGCUACGCUCACCUUUCAUCUGGAUUGGCCUGUGGUCUCGCCGGACACUCUGCUAGCAUAGCCAUCGACAUCGUUGGAGAUGCCGGUGUCAGGUACCACCUUCAGAGGCCCUUCUAGUCGUGGCAGCCGAUGCCAAUUAUUCA